AUGGCGCCUCUCACUAGAAGAAGAAAGGCGGCUCUGGACAGCCCUCAGCAGCCUUCAAGUGCCCCACCAUCGUCGGCGGCAUCGAAAUCCAAGCGCAAGUCAAUCUCAGAAGAGGCAGAGGUCUCGGCCGACGAACAAAAUACCGACACGGUUACGCCAAAGCGCCAGAAGCUUGCCGUCCGCACCACAAAGGAUCAGACAAAGACGCCCACCAACCAAGAGCCACAUUCGACGGUCAAGUCGAAGCGCAGCCGCGACGCUCUGGUGGCCGACUCGGACGACAGCGACGAUGCCGAGCCAUUAAACACCCCAUACCAGCUCUCAAAGCAGCUCGAGGAGGACGCCAAUCAGCAAUUGAAUCAGGAGCUCAAGGCUGCGCAGUCUCAACAAUCGAAAGCUGCUGCCGCGCCCGCGAAGAGCAAUCGCAUUGUCUUUGGCGACGACGAUGAUGUGGAGCAAUAUGUAGCCGCAGCUGCACAAAAGGCCGAGAAGGCCAAGGAUGCCGAAGAGGAGGCAGAGGAAGAGGAUAGCGACGAUGAGGCACCCGAAGCCGUGACGGCUUCCGCAGCAGCGCAGGAGUCGAAGAAAUUGGCACAGGCUCAGACAGACGCAGCAGAACAACAAGCUGCAAAGCAAAAGAGAAAGCGCCAAGACAGAGACAAUGCUCUUAAACAACAAGCCCAGAAGCGGAAACGGGCAAGCAAACCAAGUCGCGACACAGCAGAUGGCGACGACGAGGACAAGGUGACAACCGGCCGUAAGAGAGCCGAGAAGUUCAACCUGCCAAACGAGCUGCCCGCAGAAUUCUUGACGGACUCGGAAGACGAAGAGGAAGACGAGCGGGAUCUGAGGGUGGUACGAAAGCCCACAAAGAUCAAGUUUGACGACGCAAUGAACGCGCUUUCCAAGGAGGGCAGAGCGCCAAAGGACGAAAUUGUAGGCUCCACGGCAUACAGGGUCAUGAUGGAUGAGGCCGAUCAGACGCUCGCCCCAAGAGCAAACCAAAACUCCAAGAGCGUAAAGGAAAUGCUGUUGCAUCGUAGAAGAGUUGGUGUAGCACCAACCAAGGCCAAGGGAUUCUUCAAGCGCAGGUAA